UCCCCCCUUCUUAAAAACCGCCUUGGCUGCCUGAACACGCGACGUCAGUCACUUCUCGACGAGCCCCGGAUUCAGGCGGACAUCACGCAAAACAUCCCUGUUCAACAACAGACGAGUUUAAACCAGCGACAUGUCUGACGAGGGAAAGCUGUUUGUCGGUGGACUCAGCUUCGACACAACGGAGCAGUCCCUUGAAGAAGCUUUCUCUAAGUAUGGGGUUAUCUCAAACGUUCAUGUUGCCCGAAACCGAGAAACCCAGAAAUCGCGUGGUUUUGGUUUCGUCACAUUCGAGAACCCGGAUGAUGCAAAAGACGCAUUGGAGGGAAUGAAUGGAAAGUCUGUGGACGGCAGAACGAUCCGCGUUGACGAGGCCGGGAAGCCCGGCGGCGGACGAUCAGGUGGCGGCGGAGGCGGAUACCGCGGUGGCGGAGGCGGCGGUGGGUUCUUCCGUGGCGGCCGAGGAAGAGGUGGGCCGCGAGGUGGCGGAGGAUACGGAGGCGGCGGCGACCGUGGAUAUGGCGGUGGCGGCGACCGUGGUUACAGCAGAGGUGGUGGUGACCGUAGCUACAGCAGAGGUGGCGGUGGAGGCUACUCUAGCCGCAGCGGGGGUGGAGGCUACUCCUCAGGUGGUGGCGGCGGCGGAGGAGGCUACAGCCGGGACAGAGACCAGUCUGGCGGCUAUGGUGACCGGUCUGGGGGUUCGUACCGAGACAGCUAUGAUCGCUACGCUGUUGUCGACUAAAUAUCAGCCUGCUCCCUCUUUACCCCGAGAUCAACACCUCACAAAGAUGCCCUCCGCAAGAAACCAAUUGGUCAAGUUCUCUCUUUCUUGUUUUCUUGGCGAUUUGCUAAUCGCUUUUCUAUGUUGAAUUUACUUGCGUGCAUCUUUGUUUUGUGGGGGAAACACAAAAAAAAUUAAGGGGGGAUGUUAAGUUUCUGGCCGUAAGUCAGAAGUCAAAAGCAAAUCUGCCUCGUUGUCGGCAUCACCAGUUCAUUUGCGACCAAAUCUUGGUCUUUAUCCAGUGGAAUCAGGCAGCCUCGUUUAAGAACCAAAAAAAAACGAAUCAACAUUUUUAUUUUAUUUGCUAAUUCAGAAAGGUUUUGCUCCGUCUAGCUCUCUUGGUCUCUGAGAUAUCUAUGAACAUUAUGUCCCAUGUCCUUAAGAUGACUUAACUUUUUUAUAUGUAUUGUAAAGGCUACUUUCUACGUCCAUCUUAAGACUAAAGUAAAGACAUAGUCACUUUGCCUCUUUUUUGAGGGAUUCUCGAAUAGGAAUAUCUGCAUUUUUAUAGUCCCCCCCCCCCCACAGAGUGAUUUUAAUGAACGGUGAAAGCUUGUCUCCGACAAGCAUCCUAAAGACCAAAUUAAAUUGUCACUGUUUAAUUUUGGCAUAUGCCACAUUUGGUUAUCCGGGUCCAUGCCAUACUCAUGACACGCUUGCCAAAACAAACCUAAACGAGCAUUGGUGUGACGUGGGGGUUGGGGGAGGGGUUGCCCAUGACCACUUUCCAAAAGCAUGGCUUCCUUUCAGACUGGUGAAGCGCCCUACUUCGGCCCAGGUCCGGCCCAGCCCGCCACGGCUCAUAAAUCCACUCCAGUCAGUCGCGAGGUGUCAGAGAGACCCCUGCUCCGAGCCUACAGUUUUCUCUUUUCAUUUACUGUAACUAUGGACUGAAAACUCUUACAGGAAAAGAAAGAACAAAAAAAAAAAGAAAAAAAAUGAAAGAAUUAACCGAAAAUAACUUGAUUGAUCACUGUCGGGGAAAUGGAUAACCUGUUCAUCUCCAGAUGUUGUCAGCAUAGGGGAGUUUUUGUGCUCUGUGUUCUCUGUCACCUCCCAUUUGAUAUUCCUCUCAGUUUUCUUUUAUUUGGUUGUUUUUUGUUUUUGUGUGUUUUCAUUUUUGGCUUCAUGGAGCCCAUUAAACGAUGGAUUUGUUGAAAA